UAAGAAAUGAAGCUGUCAUUUGAAUUUGACAGUCCGGAAAACGUGUGUCUCGCCCUGUUUGUUUUUCCAGAUUCUUAUUGCGUUUUUAUGAAAAAUGGUUUCAGUACAGCAGAAACCUGUGUUCCGGGACUUGACAGCUGAGGACCCGGACCCAGAGGUCACUGAAAUUGAGUCCUUAUGUAUGAACUGCCACGCAAACGGCACCACGAGGCUCCUCCUCACCCGCAUCCCGUACUACAAGAAUGUAGUGCUGAUGUCGUUCUCAUGCGAGCAGUGCGGGUAUGAGAACAACGAGAUACAACCAGGUGGGGCGUUCGCUGAGAUGGGAGUCAGAUGGAAACUUCGAGUGACGGAGCAAGUGGACCUGAACCGGCAGGUGGUGAAGAGUGACUACACCUCUGUGAGGAUACCGGACCUCGACUUUGAGGUCCCCGCGCAGAGUCAGAAGGGAGAGGUAACAACAGUGGAAGGCAUAGUCGCGCGCGCCAUCGCGGGGCUCACGCAGGACCAGGAGGCUCGCAGGGCGGAGCACCCGGCCGCGGCGGCGCAGAUAGACCAGUUCGUGGAGAGGCUGCGGCGGCUGCGGACGUUAGAGGAGCCGUGGACGCUGGAGCUCGAGGAUAUUAGCGGCAACACGUUCGUGGAGAACCCCGAGGCCCCGCGCCGCGACCCGCGCUGCGCCCGCGCAGACUUCCAGCGCAGCGCGGACCAGGAUCACGCGCUCGGGAUCUUCACACACGAGGAGGUGUCCCCCCCGGGCGCCGCCCCACCAGGCAGCUACGAGCGGCUGGCGGCCGACGACGUGAUGCAGUUCCGCACCAACUGCCCGGAGUGCAACGCGCCCGCAGACACCAACAUGAAGGUCACACAGAUCCCCCACUUCAAGGAGGUGGUGAUAAUGGCGACCACGUGCGACGCAUGCGGCCACCGCACCAACGAGGUGAAGAGCGGCGGCGGCGUGGAGCCCCGCGGGGUGAGGUACCGCGUGAGGGUCGCGGGCAGGGGGGACUUCAGCAGGGACAUCCUUAAGUCGGAGACAUGCUGCAUGUCAAUUCCUGAGCUGGAGCUGGAGGUGGGCGGGCGCGCGCUGGGCGGGCGGUUCACGACGGCCGAGGGCAUGCUGGAGGCCACGAGGGACCAGCUGCGGGACUGCCCCGGGGCCGUGGGGGACGCGCCUGGCCUCAACCAGGGCGGGCUGCAGCAGUUCAUAGAAAAGCUGAAUGAAGUCCUGGAGGGCAAGCGGGCGGUGACCAUCGUGCUGGACGAUCCCGCCGGAAACUCAUACGUGCAGAGCCUUAAUGAUGACGACCCCGACUCGCCUGAUGAUGGUCUGAAGAUAGAACGCUACGAGCGCACCUACGAACAGAACGACGAGCUUGGCCUCAACGACAUGAAGACAGAAGGCUAUGAAGAAAGCUAGGUGAAGUAACCUGCCGUGAAGAAAACCGAGUGAAGAAGUACUGUUGUAUUAAUUCCAUCAAUUUGUUUGUAAAUAAGUAAAUAAAUGCGUCGGUAGAUAAUUGUA